UUUCUUUCCCCCGAGAAAAAGAGGAAAAAAUGGGUAAAAAAGUUGGGGAGAGGAACAUGGUCAUAUCCCCGAAAGAAAUAGGGUCACCUCACCGUUUCAAUUUUCCGAUUUUGGGUCAAAUGGAUGGAGCUACUGGUGGUGGCGAGGCGCCCUCGUCGGCUGGCGGAGGUUCUCAGCCGGCUGUUCCUGCUCCGGCCCCGGCCCCUAUUCCAAAUGCGAACGCACCACCACCGUUCUUGAGCAAGACUUAUGACAUGGUGGACGACUCGGCGACCGACGAGAUCGUGUCGUGGAGCCCUACCAACAAUAGCUUCGUGGUGUGGAACCCGCCUGAGUUCGCCAGGGAUCUUUUGCCCAAGUACUUCAAGCAUAGCAAUUUCUCAAGCUUCGUUAGACAGUUGAACACCUAUGGUUUUAGAAAGGUUGAUCCUGAUCGGUGGGAAUUUGCUAAUGAGGGAUUUUUAAGGGGUCAAAAACAUCUUCUUAAGAGUAUUAAUCGGCGGAAACCUGCCCAUGGACACAGUCAGCAACAGCCACAGCCAUCACAUGGACAGAAUACGGUGGGGGCAUGCGUAGAGGUUGGGAAGUUUGGUCUUGAGGAGGAGAUUGAGAGGCUUAAAAGGGAUAAGAAUGUUCUUAUGCAGGAACUUGUUCGGCUGAGGCAGCAGCAGCAAUCUACUGAUAACCAGCUGCAAACCAUGGUACAGCGUCUGCAAGGAAUGGAGCAGCGGCAGCAGCAAAUGAUGUCAUUUCUGGCUAAAGCUGUGCAGAGCCCUGGUUUCUUGGCUCAGUUUGUUCAACAACAAAAUGAGAGUAGUAGACGAAUAUCAGAAGCAAACAAAAAACGGAGACUAAGACAGGAAGUAGUUGCUGAGAGUAAUCUUUCUGCUGCUUCUGAUGGACAGAUUGUUAAGUAUCAGCCUCCUAUGAAUGAAUCUGCAAAGGCAAUGCUCAGGCAGAUGGUGAAAGUAGAGCCUUCUUCUGGGAUGGACACUUUCAAUAACAGUACAGAUUGUUUCUUGAUUAGUGAUCGUUCAUCAUCAUCAUCAUCUGCUGCAGUGGACAGUAGAAGCUCAUCUUGUCGUGUAUCUGGAGUUACGCUUCGAGAGGUCUUACCAACCUCAGGGCAGACAUCUUCUGUUCCAGUGUCUUCAGGAGUAACUGCACCUGCUGUUUCCGAAUCUUCCCCACAAUCUUUGACUUCGGAAAAAGUUACAACAGCUCAAUUUCCAGAUAUAAGUAUGCUGGUUGGAUCACAAAAUGCACCUUCACUUCCUAUUUCGCAAGGAGAUGUUGUAAUGCCUGAGCUUUCUCAAAUGCCUGAAAUGGUUCCUGAAGACAAUUUCUUGAGUAAUGAGACAGGUGGAUUUUUAGACCCAGAGUCAUUGGGACUGGAUGGGUCAAUGUCAAUAAAUCUUGAUGAUAUUGCCCCUGAUCCUGACAUUGAUGCACUGCUUGAAAGCACUACAUUCUGGGAUGAUCUUCUUCUGCAAAGUCCAAUGGCAGAGGAGUUAUCUCCUGAGGGAACUACCAAAGAUAUUGAUGAAGUACAGCCAAAAGAGAAUGGAUGGAACAAAACUCAGAAUAUGGAUAAUCUUACGGAGAAAAUGGGGCUUCUUACAUCAGAUGGCAAGGAGGUUUGAUCUUUGAUUAAUAAAUGUACAUUACUUACCGAGCUUAUCUACGAGGGAUCUUAUUACUAAGAUAAUCCAAGGUCCACAGCCCCACAGCAUGUACAUGCAGACUGCAUAAGCAAUUGUAGUUCCACAUAUGUACAUUGUAAUUUGGGGAAAAUUCUAAUCUCGGGUGAGAAAUAUUGGACUACAAAAUUAGAUGAGCUGUAAAGUUAUACACCAAAACAUCUUUCAACUAAUAUAUUAAUAUCCUGACUUAUAUUUGAAUGUAGUAGUUUAAUGUUCAAGCAGAAAA